GAGAUCUCCUCAUGCCACUCGCGCUCGCCUCCCCUUCCCCGCUCCAGAGGAGGCAGAUGAGCGGCGCGGCUCACCUGCCGAGCCGGGCGACGUCGCCUCCCAAGAGACUAGCUCGGGCCACCCCCGUCGCAUCGACUCUGGCUUUGACCUUCCUACUGAUUGGCGCCGCCGGCGUAUUCCUCUACUCCAGCGUCACCACGUCGUCCCGGGCCGUGACCUCCACCGGCCGCGUAGACGAAGCCCGUGAAUCGGGGCGGGCUCUGUUUUCUCCGACGGUGGGGUCCAUAGGGGGUGCGCGUGCCAUCUGGGAGCUCCCCGCGGCGCCGGCCAGGGCGGUCCUCUUCGUCGCCCACGGCUGCCACUGCCGGCCGGAGAACUUCUGGCCCCCGUCCCCGCGCUGCCCGGGGUGCGUAGGCCUGCCGGAGGACAUCGCCAUCACUGAACGCGCGCUACGGAGGCGGUUCGCGGUGCUGGCCCUGGCGAGCGCGAGGGAGUGCUGGUCGAUGGGGCAGGAGGUGAGCGCCGCCAAGCGGGGGAUCCAGUCCUGGACCGCCGAGAGGGGCCUCGGGGACCUUCCCGUGACGGCCCUUGGCGCGUCGUCCGGUGGGUACUUCGUCUCCCGGCUCGCUGCCGGGAUGAAGCUCGCCGCCGUCGUCCUUAUGAUCGCCGAGGGCUCUUUCGGCCCGGGCGGCGUUCCGGCGGGAUACCCUCCCGCAAUGUUCCUGCACAUGCCCAAGGACCAGCGGAGGGCGGCAUUGGUGGAGAGGAAUUCCAAGAUGCUGCGGAGGAAUGGCGUUGAGGUGAAGGAGAUCCUGAGCCAGGAGCUCCCUCUAACGCCGACGAUCCUGUCCGAUAGGAUACCGAGGCUGAACCAAGGAUUGUCGGAAAGGAUUUGGAGGGUGUUCAAGGAGGAAGGGUUCGUCGACGAGAGAGGGUACAUGAGGAAGGAUGGCCGCGCAACGCCAUGGAAAGAAGCGGUGGUGAAGAGGGGGUUCUGGGAGGAGGUGUCUGGAUGGGCUGAGCACAUCCAGGAGGAGCUUAAUCUUGCAUAUGGUUACCAUGAGAUGACGAGCUUGCACACCGAUGAAAUAUUCGAUUGGAUUGAGGAGCACCUGAACUGAGGUUUGUCGUUGUUGAUUGUUCUUAAUCGUUCGUGAGUGUCUGACCAAAGAUGAGAACUGUACUGGUUGGAGGAUUGGAGGAAACGCUUCACUCUGCGACAUGAGGAAUUUCUGUAACAUGAAUGAAUUAACACAGAAAAGGCAGGAGAACUUUUUUUGUGUGAAAAAUAGACUUGAUGUUAACAAUUAACUGCCAAUGGAAGAUAAGAAGCAGACGCGCUUGCAUAUUUCAGUUGGCUCUUCUGCAGAUGAAGGAUAAGAGCAUACGCACUAGUACAUUUCUUUCAAUUCAGUUGGCACUUCUGCAGAAGUGCAGAUGGUAGAUGGAGGAUAGGAAGCAUACGCACUUGUAUGAUUCUUUCAGUUCAGUCGGCUUGUAUGAUUCUUUCAGUUCAGUCGGCUCUUCGUUAAUGGAGGGUAAGAAGCAUAAACAAUACAGAGGCAGUUUUACUCUGAUCUGUGAUAUCAAUUCUGUGUGUGUCUAGAUAAAUCUGUUAAUGAAUAUUAUUGUCUUGUCUCUGAGCAGUUGCACUUGGGUUCUGAAUCUAUUUGCCAUGGUUCUCCAAUUCUCAAUGCGAGUUCAGUUGGGGCCCUGAUUCGAUUUCUGAACUCAUGUUUCAGCUCGACGACUUUAGGAGGUGUUUGAUCCCAAGGUCCUUUUCUAAGUCCCUGUCAUAUUGAAUGUUUGGACACUAAUUAUAAAUAUUAAAUAUAGACUAUUAA